AUAUUUGCUUAUGGAAAUAAAGGGGAGUAACGGGCGAAGGAGGAGAGGAGUGGAGGAGGGGUCUGAGGCCGAGGGAGGCUCUGACCACAGCACAGCGCACCAGUAACCUUGUCUGAUGUGAUCAUUAACCUUUCUGGAAAACGCGGCUGGUAGUUCUCUGAGGUUUGUCAUUAGAAUGUGAGGAGAGCCACACAGAUACUGCAUAGACUAUUCAAAGACUGUUUAGUUUACUUUGAGAGCUGUUGCUCCUACUUAGUGUGGCAGAAAAAUGCGACUUCAACAGUUCUUUUUUGUAUUUUUAAUUUUUAUGAUGAGUCUUCUUAUCAACGGGCAGAGACCAGCUAAUUUGGCAAUGAGAAGAAAAUUGUACAGACACAACUGCGUUCAGAGGAGAUGCAUGCCUCUCCACUCACGAGUGCCCUUCCCCUGAGAUCUUCUCUAGUGAACUUCACCUUGUCUGCCAGAAGAAGAAAAGAAGUGAAGAAAAGAUACCCAUACACAUAAUAGUGUGAUUGCUUAGAAGUUCCUGUAAGAAAGGAAUCAUUUGAAAGCAUCUGGGAUCGUUUAUUAGUUUCACAGGAUUCUCUUCUUCUUGGUUUCUCUUUAGAGAGAAAAUAUCAUAAAUUCAAAAGCAAUUCCAGUCUGAAGCACAAUUAUUUGCCUGCAUGACAAAAAUCUCUCAUCUUUUUCUGCACGUUACUAUUCUUACAUGGGUUAAAAAGAAAAAUACUUUUUAAUGUUUUAGAACUCUCUAAUUGUAAAAAGUGAGAGAAUUUAAAAUUUUUCCUUCAUAGUCUUAUAAUUGUCUAAAACUAUUAAAUAACUUUUUAUAUGUUUGAGUGAUUUUUUUUAAAAAAUGCUAAGUCUGAAAUCAAAUACAUUAACCACCUGGCUUUGCAGAAUAGGGAGAAAAUAAUUGGUUCAUUGAUUAUUUAUAUAGAGAGACUAAGAAAGAAGCUACUAAUUAUUACCAAUUUUAUAUGAUAGGCUUUAAUGUUUAUAAAAGUAUUUUUUAUUUUGAAUAAUACCCACUUAAAGUUGUACAAGAAAGUUUGAAAUACUAAUUGUAGUUCAUUUUAUUUUAUAACUUAAAUGUUCGUUUCUGAAUCUACUUCUCAUAACAUAAUUAUAGGAAGCCAAUGUUUGAUUUCCUUUGAAGUUCUGUUUUAUGGCGUUGAUUCAUUUAUACAGAUAGUUUCUUAGAAAGGCCUACUGAACGUUGACAUUUAAAACACAGUUAUGCUAAUGAAGUCUCAAGCAGGGCAAUAUCUCUUGUCUAACACAUGAGUGCUCAUCACUCUGCUAGGCUUUGUUUUGGUGCUAUUUUUGUGCUGGGGUGCUGAGACAUGUAAAUAAAAAAUCAGAAGGUACUUAGGGAUAUGAUUACCCACAAGGAAACUAUCCUGUCUAAUUCUGAAUUGUAUUGAUAAUUAGGUGUUUCCAAGUUGUUAAAUAUGCUCUUAAUUUGUAUUUAUUGAAAGACUGUUAGCUCAGUGCCACAAAGGUUUUAUUAUAUUACUGUAAGUUAAUUCCAGAUAUAAAAUUUACAAAUUCGUAUCCUGACUGGAAACUUUACUUUGUAAACAUUACAGAGUAGGAGAAGCCAUAAACCAUUAACCUUUACUUUGCUAAAAUAAAAGAUUGGGCUUAACAUAUAAAGAAUUUGAAAUACAAAUUCUGACAUCAUGGAGUUUGUAUCCCUUUCAUAGCUUAUUAACGGUGUCUUUUAGGAUGGAAGGUGCUUAUAUAAAGCACUGUAAUUAAAUUUACACACAAAAGAUGUUUUAUGAAAUGUGUUACUUCAUUAUUUAAAUUUGAUAUUUUGGGGAAAUUCUAAAUGAUUUUCUGGAUAAAUUAUAAUUCCUUUACACAAGUGUAUUUCAGUAGAAACAUAAGCUAUUGUCAAUUAUAUUUAUGUUUAAAACGUACUUGUUUACAUACUUUGGACAAAAAAAGGAAAACUAUAUUUUGUACAGUUCAGAUACAUUUCAUUUAAUACAAGCAUAUCCUUUUUUCAAGUACAGAUUCUCACAGUCACAGAAGUUAAAAACUAGCCAUACCACAGUAAGAUAAUUAAAUGGUUAUAGAUUUCUGCCCAUACAACUUCAAUAAUUGUUCAAUAAAACAUUCAGUGAUUUGA